AGUUUUCCUGUUUAUUUUCUUGCAGAGUUGAAACAGUGAUUUAGUGUUGGAGAUUUUGAAAAUGAGUAGCUCCGUUUGUGAAGCCCUGUUUCAGCAUGUUGCGACUCCUGUUGAGUCCUCUGGGAGUAAAGUUACCGUUGUCGGUGUUGGGCAAGUAGGAAUGGCUUGUGCUUUCUCCAUGCUCACCCAACAUAUUGCGUCUGAAAUCGCUCUAGUGGAUGUUCAAGAGGAAAAACUGCUGGGGGAAAUGAUGGAUAUGCAGCACGGAUUAUCAUUUCUGCGCAACGUGCGAGUUAAGGCCUCGACUGACUAUGAAGUGACAGCCGGAUCUAAGAUCUGUAUCGUUACGGCCGGGGCUCGUCAGGUGGAAGGUGAAUCUCGACUGAAUUUGGUGCAGCGAAACGUGAACAUAUUUAAGCACAUUAUUCCCAAGCUUUGUCAUCAUUCUCCGGAUUGCAUUCUCCUCAUUGUUUCAAAUCCUGUUGACAUCCUCUCGUACGUUGCCUGGAAAUUGAGUGGAUUUGGGAAACAUCGCGUGAUUGGAUCUGGCACAAACUUGGAUUCUUCGCGAUUCAGGUUCCUCAUGAGUCAACGGAUGAAAGUCGCCCCGUCAUCCUGCCAUGGAUGGAUAAUCGGGGAACAUGGGGAUUCGAGUGUUGCGGUUUGGUCGGGCGCCAAUAUUGCGGGUGUGAAACUCGCGGAUUUGAAUCCCAAGAUCGGCACCCCGGAUGAUCCCGAGAAAUGGGAGGAUAUUCAUCGAGAAGUUAUUGAAAGUGCUUACAAAAUAAUACAACAUAAAGGAUACACUUCCUGGGGAAUUGGGCUCAGUGUUGCUGCACUGGUCAGAGCUGUAUUGCGUAACACGCACGAAGUUUUCCCAGUCUCUACCAUGGUGCAAGGUUAUCAUGGUCUUGACGAAGAAGUUUUCCUCUCCUUGCCCUGUGUUCUUGGAGAAAAUGGAGUCAACUACGUCGUUCAGCAGACCUUGUCAGCUGCUGAACGGGCAUCGUUGGAAAAAUCUGCCAAUGCAAUGAAAGUGGUACAAGCCGAUAUUGAGUGCUGCGGGCAGAAAUUAGCAGGUGGAAACUCAACGAUGUUGAGUUUUAGAAUUAAUGGUGCAAUUAUUUACCGUGCGAUGCGUUUUUCGGUGUGCCAGCGCAUUAUUGCGGUGUUUUUUCUUGCUUGUUGGAAUUUCAUCAUCGGUGCGAAUACAAAUGGGAUUUUGCGUAGUUCAAGUGGAACGGGAAUUUCCAUCAUAAACGUUACCUUGUGUUACUAUCGUUUCGAAGAGGAGGAUUCGUACAUUUAUUCUCCUGGUUACCCUGGAAAGUAUCCGCCGUUUUCGGAUUGUUCCUACGAACUAUGGAACACUUGGAGUUGGAGUACGAUGCCAGAGACCCCUUUUGUCAACGAGAUUACCUCGAAGUCUUGUCCUGUGUCCCUGUUGGGUCUUCACGUUUUUGCAGUCGCGAAGUUGGAACUUCUUGUGAGUUUGCCGAAGAAGGCGCCUACAAACGUGAACUUGACAAUAGUGGAAUUUUGCAGUUCUUAUGAUCAAUACGUUUUUCAAGAAGGUGCGGUGAGCAUGAAGUUGAGGUUUGUAAGUGAUGGAACCCUGUCAGGAUUUGGGUUUCGUAUUCGUUACCAAAUGCUGCAAGUUUGUUCGGGUCCAUUCUUGACCCCGACAGUCUCGGUCAUUCCUGGUUUGGGUGACAGUGAAGAUCCACCCGUGUGCUACACGAGGAUAAAGGAUCUGGAGGGAACUAUUUUUACUCCGGGUUACCCACGUGGAUAUUUGCCGAACAUGGACUGCAUCUACGAAUUCUUCAGGCGUGAUCCGUUCAUAUGCGGGGUGAAAAUGAACUCCGCAUUCUUUGAUCUUGAUACUCCAUUGCCAAUUCCGGGUGGCCUGAGUGCCUGCACGGAUUUCUUCCAAGCACCAUCGUGCGGAUUUAUAUGUGGAACUUCUAAUAUUUCAUGGGUUGCUCGUUUUCAACCUGGUGCUACGAGCUUGCGUUUUCAUUUCCACUCCGACGAGUCUCGUGAGAAGAGGGGCUUUUUCAUUGGCUUCAAGCAGACCUACGAGUGCCUUAGUGUGGACGAUUGAUUGCUCAUACUGUGCAAGCUUUCCCUAUUCAUGUGCUGUGGUGUUCCUUUUCAUUGUGCGAGUCAAGGGAAACGAGUGAUCGUGCGAAUGGUGGAGUCAGUGGCCCUCAGGAAUUUUUUGGAAUCUCUACGAGCUUAUCAAACCGAUCUGAGGUAAAAGUGGCUGGUCGAAGAAAACUAGUGGGAAAGAUGUUGUGAUAGAUUUUGGAGCAAUGUUUUGAACAAUUGGGUCUGGUUACUUUUGUACGUUUUUCGUAGCUGUCAUUUGGAACCGUGAGAUCGCAGUAGAAAAAAAAGAAAAUAAAAGGACCGAGAAUUUGUUUACAAA